AAACUAUAAGUUAAUACACUGAACACCAGAGGAUGUAUUUACCUGUAGUUGCCUCUAGGUGUUGGUACCAGGGGGUACAGUCAGUGCCCGUGACGUCACAUCAGCUGUGUGAAGCUGGCAGAGAAAAAAGCUGCCGCAAGAGGGAGGAUUUCCCCUUCAAAAUAAAACCUCUAGGGUAAAAAAACGGCAGCAAUCAGCGGAAAUAUCAGAUUGAAUAAGAGGUUGAAAAGUGACACUCUCUGAGUUUGUCCUUGUCCAAAGUAAGGGUCCAGGACAGAGGUUGCUGCAUACAGUAUAAACUGUAAAGCCCCCAUGAGGCAAAUUUGUGAUAUUAGGCUAUAUAAAUAAAUUUGACUUGACUAUAAAAAAGCUGAUAGCCUUAUUUUUUGUUUACAGUUUGACAUGUUUCGGCAGCACAGAUGUAAACAGGCCUUUUCCACAGCAGACAUUUAUUUUGACUCGUCACUGCAGGAAAAGCUCAGGUGUGAAUAAUGUCAUUAAUCAUGGCUGAAUUCCACUCAGCUGCUUUGAUUUCAGGGCUCUGAUACUGUGCUUACUGGAACACUCUAAUGCCACUCUCACCAGGACACUUGAAUACAACAGAGCCAUAGGUAACGUUAUUAGUAACUAAUGAUUUUCCUAUACUUAUAAGAUGCUAGAUAUACGCUGUGAGAAAGGCCUGUACUGCUGCAAAGAUGAAUGAGGGAUAGUGGUUUACAAGAAGCAAGUAAUAUUUGCUGUGCUACAGCAAAGCGUUAAUGGAUGAAAUUUACUUUUUUCUUUUAUUUUUCCAAAAAUAGGCAUCACGUGACGUUUGGUGUUUUUUUUAAUGUAUUUUCUAUGGGGUUGAUUUCUAUUCAAAUUGUGUACUAUUUUGUUUUUUGAUUUUAGGUUUUACUUCUUUGCAAAUGAGCUCAACCCAAAUUUCUUUUUCAUUUAUAUAUUGUUGGAUGCCAGUGGAUGGAUUUGAACGGGCCUACUGGGCAUCGGCCCAGGGGCCCCCCCAUAUCCUUCAACUGCAAAAUGUCACUCUGAUUAGCAUGUACUGACCAGGAAGAGGUUCAAAAUGACCACAAAGAGUUGCAAAAUGACUACAGAGAGAUGCAAAACUGCUUCAAAGAGACAAAAAGAGAUUCACACUGAUGACAAUAAGGAGCAAAAUAACAAGGAGACACAAAGCUACUGCUAAGGGACUUAACGUGGUUUAACAAACACACAAAGCAACUACAAAGAGACUCAAAUGACUGCAAAGAGACACAAAAUGACAACUAAGAGACAAAAUAGCCCACAAAAAGAUGCAAAAUGACCAUAAAGAAACACAAAUGGAUAACAAAUAGACACAAAGCAGCUACUGAGAGACUUAACUGAUUGCAAAGAGACACAAAGCAACUACAAGAGACACAAUGUGACUUCAAAAACAUGCAAAGCAACUACAAAGAGACACAAAACAGCUACAAAGUGAUGCAAAAGAACUACGUCAUGCAAAAUGGCCAUAAAGAAGCACAAAUGGACUUAAAAAAAAUAGACACAAAGCAGCUACUAAGAGACUCAAAUGACAAAUAAAACUACAGAAAAAUGGUUAAGGGCUAGAAGGAGAUGCAAGACAGCAAAAAAGAGACUCAACAUGACCUCAAAAAGAUGCAAAGGAACUACAAAGAGACAUAAAAUUACCAUAAAGAAAUGCAAAAUGACUAAAAAAAAAACAGUCUGUGUGUCCCUCUCCUGUGUAGGAGAGACGGUGGGGACGUCUGCAUGUCUGUGCCCUGGGGCCCGAUGUCUCAUAAUCCACCAUGUUGUACUGGUAGUAGCAGCGGCUCUGUAGACCUCAAAUCAGUACAGUUGUACCAGUAGUAGGCCACGUAGGGUCCAGGGCUCUUAUUAUUAUAUCUGUAACAUAUUAGUCUGCAUACAGACAUAUGGCAGGCCUCCUUAGUUGCUUUUCCUGAGGUUCCUAACUUUGUCUCCCAUGUACAUUUAUUUUUGGGAGGAGGAUUUCCUUUAUUAAUGUCUGAGGACAGAGGGAUGUGGUAUGAAUCAGAAUCAGAAAUAAUUAAUUGAUCCUUGAGGAGAAUUGUGAUGUGUUACAGUAGAGAAAGAAGUAAGGAUAAGAGUAUGAAAUAGAAAGUAUGUAAAUAUAAAGUAAUAGAAUCAAAAUAAAUAGAAAUAAAAUGUGACUCAUGUUGGGUUUUCAAAUAAAAUUUGAAUUGAAUUGGACCUAUAUUAACAAUCAAAAUAGCCCACUGUCCAUUUUUUUGCUUUUACACUGGUGUCCAGCAUCCCUCCAAGAAUGUCGCAACACUAAAUCAGCUUUUAUUUUGAAAGGCCCCACCGGAAGCGCCGCUGUUCCCGUGUGUGACUUGACCGCGAGAGCAGGGAGGCUACAGCCAGCGAGCUCCGAGCGGGCUGCGGAGGAUGUCGACCCCGCAGCGGGGACCAGCUCCGGGCGGGAUGCUUGUGUCCAGCCGGCUGCUCCUCGCCCCGUCGCCCCGCGCCUGCAGCCGCGUGCACCCAUGAUGACGCCCCCGCUGAUGAAGCCCCGAGCUGCCCGAGUGAGGCGGAGAGUGGCCGGAGACAGAGAGCAUGUACUGGCGCGUCGGGUUCGCCUGGACGCGGUCGUGUGUGGUUGAUCUUGGCCAGAACCAGAGCUUCUCCUCCGGCCUGCUGGGCCCCGAUGAGCAGCUCUCGUUUUAUGGGUGCAUCAUCGCCUACCCUCUGCAGGACUACGGCGGGAUCAUGUCAGCGCUGGGCUCGGACUCGUGGUGGCGGAAGACGCUGUAUCUGACCGGAGGGGCUCUGCUGGCUGCUGCUGCUUAUCUGCUGCACGAACUGCUGGCCAUCAGAAAGGAGGAAGAGCUGGACUCUAAAGAUGCCAUCAUACUCCACCAGUUCUCCAGGCCCAAAACUGGCAUCCCAUCCCUGUCCCCUUUCUGCCUUAAGAUGGAGACCUACCUCCGUAUGGUUGAUCUGCCCUAUAAGAACUACUUUGAUGGGAAGCUUUCGCCACAGGGAAAGAUGCCAUGGAUUGAAUACAACCAGGAGCAGGUGUGUGGCACCGAAUUCAUCAUCGACUUCCUGGAGGAGAGGCUGGGCGCGAGCCUCAACAAGAGCCUGACGCCGCAGGAGAAGGCGGUGUCUCGCGCCAUCACCAAAAUGGUGGAGGAGCAUUUCUACUGGACCAUAGCUUACUGUCAGUGGGUGGACAACCUGGAGGAGACCCAGAAGAUGUUGUCAGUGAGCGGGCCACUGAGUGAUCUGCUCAAGUGGAUCCUGAGUCACCUGACUGGCGGGAUUGUCAAGAGGGAGAUGUACGGGCACGGGAUUGGACGGUUCUCUGAGGAGGAAGUCUACGCCCUGAUGGAGAAGGACAUGCGCACCCUGGCAACUCUGCUAGGUGAUAAGAAGUAUCUGAUGGGCUCUAAGCUUUCGACAGUAGACGCUGCAGUGUUCAGUCACCUGGCCCCGGCUAUGUGGACGCUACCAGGAACACGGCCGGAGCAGCUGAUCAAAGGUGAGCUCAUCAACCUGGCCAUGUACUGCGAGCGCAUCCGCCGGCGUUUCUGGCCCGAGUGGUUUGUGGACCUGGAGGACUUCUGCUACAGCGACACCACAGAGAGCAGCGACGCGCCCUCCAAACUCCCCGACCUGGGCCUCUUCUCCUGCUCGGACACUUUCCACGAUGACACACACACGCACACCUCCCAGGCUCAAACACCAAAGGACCCCAUGUCGCCCGACAGCGACCCUACAGGCCACUCGCUGUAUGACUCUGACAUGGACACGGAGUGCUCUGAAAUCGACCAGCCCAAGUGUUGACGAAACGUACAUGUGUAGUACACGCCACACAUACGCACACCACAGGAGGGAGCUGCGUCCCGCCUGCACACAUGCCCCCUACCUCUCUGAUCAGAACAUACCUGGGGAGUGUUGUUAGUGUCUCCUGUGUCAGUGGAGACGUUGAGGAGGUCUCACGUGCAUACCGUAUUGGAGGACCUACUGCAGCAGAGGGAGUGAGACAGAUAGAAAUGUAAAGUUUCAGUGGAGGGAGAGAGAACAGAGAAGAAGCAGUACAAGAUUAGAAAAACACCAGGAGUAAAUGACGCCACUGCUGAGAAACUCCUCCACGUGGUCACCUGCAGUCACCGCCUGUUGUCACGUCGCCGAUUCCACGGCAACGACAUGUGCUUGACCCCCGAUGUCCCUCGUAGCAACUUGCACCGCCCAGCCUCGUGUGUUUUGACUAACUGAACCCUUAACGCCUUGUGUUGACAUGACAUCGUAGGGACCUGUCCAGGGAUUCAUGAUUCAUGUGAAUGAACUCAGUGUAAAUAUAUAAAUGGAUCGGAUUUAUUAGAUUGAUUAUAUAUGAGUAUAAAUAGUAUAGAUAGCCUGCAGAUAUAGAAUCACCCCCUCUGUCAUAUGGUGUAAAUACUGUAGGUGUUUCUCCUUCAGAUUGUCUUGUAGUAGUCUCCAUGAACGCCCACCCUGCUGGUCUAGGAUCAGUACGAGGACCUCCUGUGUUUGUCUCCGCAGCUGGGAUGUUACAGUAAUGCCUGCUGCCCGUGUUUAAGUAGUGCAGUAAAAGUUAAUGAAAGAUAAUGGGUAGUAAACUGCAAUCUGCCGUAAGCACUUAUUGUUAUUAAGACAAUUGUUUUGCCAAAAAAAAAAAAGAAUGAUAACAAUAAUUUGUCCCUGCAUUAGAAGCGUAAUGUGGCAGCAUACAUUGUCAGGUGCCUGUGUUGUUUGGAUGAGAGAUGUUCCGAUACCAAUUUUCCUGUCUGAUACUGAUUCCAAUGCCUGAGCUGGCGAAUAGGCUGAUACGGAGUACCGUUCUGAUACCAUCCAUCCAUUUUCAUCCGCUUGUCCAAGGCUGGGUCGGGGGGCAGCAGGCUGAGCAAAAUACUCCACACGUCCCUCUUCCCAGCAACGCUUUCCAGCUCCUCCUGGGGGACCCCGAGGCGAGAUGUAAUCCCUCCAGCGUCCCCUGGGCCUUAGAUACCCGAACCACCUCAACUGACCCCUAUCGACUCAAAGGAGCAGCGGCUCUACUCCGAACUCCCCUCCACAUGUCCGAGCUCCUUACGCUAUCUCUAAGGCUGAACCCAGACACCCUUCGGAGGACACUCAUUUUGGCCACUUGUAUCUGCGACUUUGUUCUUUCAGUCACUACCCAGAGCUCAUGACCAUAGGUGAGGGCUGGGACGUAGAUGGACCAGUAAAUCGAUAGCUUUGCCUUCUGGCUCAGCUCCCUCUCAACCAUGACGGUCCGGUGCAGAAGCCGCACUGACCUGCCGAUCCAUCUCACGCUCCAUUCUACCGUCACUCAUGAAUAAGACCCCGAGAUACUUGAACUCCCUCACAUGAGGCAGCAACUCUCUCUCAAUUCGACAUAGAUUUUGCCAAAUUUCUGACAUUUUGCCAACAGCUAACGAAACACUAUUUACCUGGAAAGCAGUUCUUCUUCACUGCUCUAAAAAAGUAGAUGCCAGUGGAUGCACGGCAGAACUGCGAGACUACUUUAAGACUUAUCAUUAAAUUACAUGCUAUCGUAUCAGUGCUUAGACUUGAAUACUCGUGGAUACUCGAUCCAGCAUUUUAGGUGGUAUCGGAAACAUUUCAGAUACUGAUAUUGGUACUAGAACAACUCUAGUUUAGAUCGUCAUUGAGGACAGUAGCUUAAGGUCAAAUAGACGUUCAUGCAUCUGAGCACUGAGAGCGAGUCACACAA